GUCUCUCCAUUUCCCCCUCCUGGUCUCGUCCUUCCUCCCGCCCCGCUCGCUCUCCCGCCCUUCGCUUUCAUCCUCCUAUCCCCACCUCUCCAACCUCCUCUUUCAUCCCCCUCCCCUCUCCUCUCCUCCCCGCUCCCGCCUGCCCCACCCCUGGGAAGCCCCUCCCGUCGGGCAGCGCCGCCUUAAAAGCGGGUUCCCUUCCCGGGGGCGGCAGCGGCUGGUCGGCGGCAGCUCUGCUGGUGCGGGGGCGGCGAGCAAGACCGAGCGACCGCGACCGGAGCGCGCCGGCCACCGCCCGCAUCACCCUCCCGCCCGCCCUCCGGACGGCCGCAGCCCUGCGGGUCUCGGCUCGGGACCCACCCCCGCCCCACCCCGCGCGCCUCUGCCGCCUCUUGCAGCGAGCCAGCUUGCCGAGCGGCCGUCGCUGCCGCUGCCGCCGCCGCCACCGCGCCAAGUUCCGGCCGCGGCCACCCUCCGCCGUCCAGGGCCCUUCUGCCUCGGCCCCGGGACCCCGGCUCCCCGCCAGCCCCGGCCCCGGCACCAUGUCGGAGAAGAGCGUGGAGGCAGCGGCCGAGCUGAGCGCCAAGGACCUGAAGGAGAAGAAGGAGAAAGUGGAGGAGAAGGCUGGCCGGAAAGAACGAAAGAAAGAAGUAGUGGAGGAGGAGGAGAAUGGAGCUGAGGAGGAAGAAGAAGAAACUGCCGAGGAUGGAGAGGAUGAUGAUGAAGGAGAUGAAGAAGAUGAGGAAGAGGAGGAGGAGGAGGAUGAAGGCCCAGUGCGGAAGAGAGCUGCUGAAGAGGAGGAUGAAGCCGAUCCCAAGAGGCAGAAGACAGAAAAUGGGGCAUCGGCAUGAGCCCCUGCCAGUGGGCUUGGGGACGGGAGGCCCCUCAGGUCCUGGAGGUGGGGCAGGAACACACAAGUACAGCCCCGCUUCUCCUGGCUCCCUGCUCUGGCCCUGCCCCAGAGCUGUGACCCUUGCCCUUCCACCCAGCCUCUCAUUUCCAUCUCCAGACACUGCUCCUCCACCCUCACUGCCAUCCUUCCAGCUCCCGAUCCGCCGCCUCACCUGAGCUCCCCAGCCGGCCCUCACUGGUCCUCUAGCAUUCCUUGUCCUUCACUCCCCCCUCACCAUCCCAUCUGUCCUUGCAAAGCCUCUCCUUACCCUCGGCACCCCCAGCCUCUCAGCCUGCCCUUCUCUCCUGCCUGAUCCCUGGGUCUCCCUCAGAUUCCCUCCUCUCAGACAGCGCCAGGCCGGGGUGGGGCCGGGGUUGGGGCCAAGCCCCGAAGCUGCCCCCCUCCCCUUUUUGUAUAAUUUAAUAAAGAAACGGUCGCGCUUCUGUUUUUAA